UGGGAGCCAGCACGGCUCGGAUCGACCGAGCGACCCAACCGGGAGCAAACCCGGCUGCACCCCACGUAGAUGAAAGCGAAGAGAAGCUCCAGAGCCGCAGCCAUGUCCACAUCCCUGCGCGUGAGCCCCUCGGUGCACGGGUACCGCUUCGACACAGCCCUGCGCAAGAAAGCCGUGGCCAACAUCUUCGAGAGCGUCAACCAAGAGUCCCUGCAGAAACUCUUCAGGAAUUCCGGGGACAAGAAGGCGGAGGAAAGAGCCAAAAUCAUCCUCGCCACCGACCAGGACGUGGAGGAGAAAACGAGAGCGCUAAUGGCGUUAAAGCAGAGGAGGAAAGACAAGCUGCUCCAGUUCCUGACGCUUCGGAAGUACUCCAUUAAAGUCCACUGAGCAGAAAUGGAGGAGAACGCUUCAGGACAGGACUGUUUGUGAGCUCCCAUCCCACACGCGAGCUGCUGCGGGACAGGGGAUGUGACAGCAGGGCUGCGGCCACCGCGCAUGCAGCAGCAGCAGCAGCGGUGCCGAUGGUGCUGCAGGCUCCAUAGGGAUGGCAGCUCCCGGCGGGAGGCGGCCGUGGGGCACUGCAUGGUCCUGCACGAUGGUCCUGACCCAUCCUGCAUGCUGGGUGCGACUCGAGACCUUCCCAUGGACUCGGUGUGCACCAGCCUUUGCCUUUCCAGACUGGUUUCCAUAAAGGCUGAGCCCUGGCAGGGCUGGGAUGGAGGCUCUGGAGACCCAUCAUGGAUCACCCAGUGCACUGGAUGGGUGCAGCAGGGAACGCUCUGAACACACUGCGCAUCUGAUCCUUCUCUUUCUCCAGCAGUAGAAAUGUUUGCACAGAAGCAAUAAUAAUGACAUGGUUUCCCUGAAUUUACUGUGAAGUUCCUUAAUAUUUUGUUCACUUCCCAUUAACACCGAGAAUCUAAAUAGCAUACCUACAGUUCUUAUGUGUGUAGAUUACAGUAUCUGUUAGGCGAGUGCUUCGUGGUAAUGUUUUGUGACAACGUUAUUAUAUUGACUAUAAUUUAUUGCUUACAGCAAUGUGAAAUGUAAUAAAUUAAGAAGUAAAUCUCAA